AUGAAAGAACGACCGCUGUUCCACCUGCGUCUCGGCGACAGCUCGACCCCACUCGCCAGAAGAAAGUCUCUGCUUGAUACCAGCAGCUCGGGAGGACCGCCGCCGGCGGGACGCGGUGCAACAACAGCACGUUCGGCGGCGGAGAAAGAAGACGAGCGUCCACCUCAUCUCGUUUCCACCUGUCUUCACUCAAGCGUGUCGAGUGCUGUUGCAGUAGGGUUCGAGAGGGGAGUUGUCCACGUGUACUACAGGCAGCACGAGGACAGGGUCAGGCGGAGCAGCGAGGAGGAGAGGUGGAAGCGCACGGUCAUCUACCCCACCCGGGCCCUAGGGAGCGGGGUCGCAAGUCCGAUCGAAUCACCGGCAGCUGCGGCAGUGCCACCGGACAUCACCUGCGUUGCCAUUGCUCCUGGCGGAGGCAAACUGGCCGUCGGAACUUCGGAUGGCUUCGUGUUCGUCACGCAGGCUCCUCCGCCACCCACCGGCGGUAGCCCCGGCACGGGAUGGGCUAGAGGGUCAGGGUUCCACCACAAGUCCCACAGGGGCAAGCGCAUCAACUGCCUCCUCUGGGCCAACAGCGGGGACCAGCUGUACUCCGUAUGCGAGGGCGGGACUGUAGUGCUGGCGAGGAACCUGCGGCCGCGACGCGGGGCCCCCGCUGCGGGCCCCGCUGGGAUAACCGGGGUGAUGCAGUUCCUUGGCGUCCAUCAGCCCGACGACUCCACCAAGGCCGACACCCCGGCAUCACCCCAAGCCAUCGUCGUCGGCCACACGGGGUCCCCGGGGGUGAGCCUGGAUCUCGGUCGGACUAGGGCCUCUUUGCCCGGCGCGACGAAAGGGUUCUUGGCGUGCGAUGUGCUCCUGGUCAUGACCAGGAAACAGGCGGUGCUGUUCUACUUCGCGGUCGGUGAAGAUGUCAGCAUCGUCGCACCGCACAAGACCUCCGUGGACCUCAACGUCGUCGACCACACAACCGCCGACACCGGACAACCAAGCGGCGGCAACAGCAGCCGCACCCCACCGCCACCCCCGCCCCCCUCCCGGACGGACUUCGGCGGCUGUCUCUGGGGCCCCGCGCAGAUGCCAGGCGUCGGUGGCAGCAGCAGCAGCAGCAGCACCUCAUCCUCGGCUGUGGCUGGCGGAGCUCGGGGACGGAGCAGCGCCGGGAUGAGAACACCUGAGAGACGAGAAAGCUGCGAAGCGUUGCCGGCGGCGGCGGCGGUGGCGGCAGCACCACGGGCGGUGCUGUUCGCGUACGUGGCCCAGCCGGGGGGAAGGCUGUGGCGUGUCGGCCUGUCGGACGGGGAGGUGGAGUCGACGCACCGUCCUCUGGGCGUCGAUGAGGGUGGGGAUGGCUUGCCGGUGGAGAGUGGCGUGGAGCUGGGGGAGAUGUGGGCGGUGGACGUUGGAGAUGCACGGGCGCUUCUUUGCUGGAGGAGCGGGUUUACGUCGAAAAAGGGAGGCGAGUUCGCCCUGCUCGACCCCAACACCCACAGCUUCGUGGCCGCCUGCCCGGGGAUGUCGGGCACCGUAGACGUGUCGGGCUUCGUGCUGUCACCCUUGCCCCAGUCGGCAGGCGGCGGCUCUCUGCAGUCGAUCAGGCAGCGCUUGGAGGUGCUGGGAGGGGGAGUGCGCGUGCUGCACGGCGGAGACCUGGCCAAGGUUACGAUGCUGUACCACAACGCGGAGGGAGAGGCGUGGAGCACGUCGAGCAGCGAGGCGAUCGAGGGCUGGGGUGCCGCGCUCUCGGCCGAAGCAGCCGCUAGGACGGUCCAGCGCGCCUGGAGAGCGACGAGGAAAGGCGGCGGCGGCGGCGGCGGCGGCAUGGCAGCGGACACCACAGCAGUGGAGGGUGGGGAUACCCCCCCCACCGCGACGCGGGACCCUCCCCUCCAGUUGCUCAUGCCGGGCGAUUUUCCGCUCCGUGGCAGGGGGGCGGCGGUGUCGGCGGCGGCACCGCCCUCCUCGCUGCCGUCCGUGCGAGAUGUGGCUGCCGGCUAUCCUGACUCCAGCGCAGCGGCGGGUCUUCAGUUGCGAGAUCAGGCGGAGACGGCGCCCGCCGCCGCCGCUGCGCGAGGCCACCGAAAUCGCGAAGACCGGGAUGAUAGCGGCGGAUGGGUUCCGGAAUCACUCCCUAGUGGAAACGGUGACCUUGGCAGUGGCAGCAGCCGCAGAAGGCGCGGGGCGAGGUCCGGGUCGAAGAACUUUUCUGUCCGCGACAGCAUUGAGGCCCUCGACGCCGCCGACCGAGCCCUGCAGCUCAGCUCUCACGCGAGGCAAGCCAGCUCCCCGACGUCUGGGGACAGAGGAGAGGACACCUACUGGCCGACGGACGAAUCCUCGUCUCGCUCUCGCAGGACGGACGGCGGGGGGGUGGGGGGGGGUAGCAGCGGGACCCCCUCCGGGAGCGAGAGCGACGGCGGCGCCAACGCCAUGUGCCGCGGCUCCGUCGCUCUCCUCCGGGCGGCCUGGCCCGUGCUGCCUUGUCCCUUGUCCCUCGUGCGGUUCUCGCUGCCGCCCGGCUCGCCGCCUGUCCGCGGCGCCCCGGCGUGCUUCCCC